CUCAGGUCCUAGCCCGAUGGCGUCGCCUAGUCCUGGCAGGAAGAGGGCAGCCUGGUGGGGUGCAGGGGCCGCGACAGCCAGCGGAGAAGGGACCCCGCCUCAGCCUGGGGCUGCUGACCUCCCGCCACCGCCCGCCCUCCCAUCCCCGCCACGGUGAGCAGGAUGCUCGGGCGGGGUCGGAGGGCGCCGUCAGCUCCGCGCCACUUCGCGGCCCCGGGUGCAAGAUGAAGCCGACUUGCGCGGGGAGCAGCGCCCGGGGCAGCGCGCCGGCUCCGCACGUGGCCCGGCGGCCGCGGAACAAUGGCCGGAGGGGCCGUGGGAGCCGCGGAGCCGGGAGCCCAGCAGGCACGCGGGGCGCCGCAAGCCCCGCCCCUCCGGCUCCCUGACGACGCGGCCGGGCCGCGCAGCCCGCUCCCCGCCCCUCGGCGCCCUGCACCAGGCGGAGCCGCGGCCACAGCGCCGCCGUCCGCAGCCGCAGCCGCUCCCCUGCACCGUGGGGGCCGGGGCUGGGACCGGGGCGCCUGCCCGCCCUCCUCCUCCUCCAGCUGCUAUGAGCCGGGGCAGUCCGGGGGACUGGGCCCCCCUCGAGCCCAACCCCGGACCCCCAGCGCCCCCGAACCCCUUCGUGCAUGAGUUGCACCUCUCCCGCCUCCAGAGGGUCAAGUUCUGCCUCCUGGGGGCACUGCUGGCCCCCAUCCGGGUGCUUCUGGCCUUCAUCGUCCUCUUUCUCCUCUGGCCCUUUGCCUGGCUGCAAGUUGCUGGUCUCACUGAGGAGCAGCUUCAGGAACCAGUUUCAGGAUGGAGAAAGACCAUAUGCCACAGUGGGGUGCUGGGCCUCAGCCGUCUGCUCUUCUUCCUACUGGGCUUCCUCCGAAUUCGCGUUCGUGGCCAGCGGGCCUCACGCCUCCAAGCCCCUGUCUUGGUGGCUGCCCCCCACUCGACCUUCUUUGACCCUAUCGUCCUGCUGCCCUGUGAUCUUCCCAAGGUUGUGUCCCGUGCUGAAAACCUCUCUGUGCCUGUCAUUGGAGCCCUUCUUCGCUUCAACCAAGCCAUUCUAGUAUCUCGCCAUGACCCAGCUUCUCGGCGCAGAGUGGUAGAGGAGGUCAAAAGACGGGCUACCUCAGGAGGCAAGUGGCCCCAGGUACUAUUUUUUCCUGAGGGCACCUGUUCCAACAAGAAGGCUUUGCUUAAGUUCAAACCAGGAGCCUUCAUUGCGGGAGUGCCUGUGCAGCCUGUCCUCAUUCGAUACCCCAACAGCCUGGAUACCACCAGCUGGGCAUGGAGGGGCCCUGGAGUACUCAAAGUUCUCUGGCUCACAGCCUCUCAGCCCUGCAGUAUCGUGGAUGUGGAGUUCCUCCCUGUGUACCACCCCAGUGCUGAGGAGAGCCGGGACCCCACCCUCUAUGCCAACAAUGUCCAGAAGAUUAUGGCACAGGCCCUGGGCAUCCCAGCCACGGAAUGUGAAUUUGUAGGGAACUUGCCUGUGAUUGUGGUGGGCCGACUGAAGGUAGCCUUCGAACCACGACUCUGGGAACUGGGGAAGGUGCUUCAGAAGGCUGGGCUGUCCCCUGGCUGUGUGGACACUGAGGCAGAGCCAGGCCGAAGCCGAAUGAUCAGCCAGGAAGAGUUUGCCCAGCAGCUCCAGCUCUCUGACCCCCAGACAGUGGCUGGUGCCUUUAGCUACUUCCAGCAGGAUGCCAAAGGUUUGGUAGACUUCCGAGAUGUGGCUCUGGCAUUGGCAGCGCUGGACAGGAGCAGGAGCCUGGAGGAGCUGACUCACCUGGCCUUUGAGCUCUUUGCCGAGGAGCAAGCAGAGGGGCCUGGCCGCCUGUUGUAUAAAGACGGCUUCAGUACCAUCCUGCACCUUCUACUGGGGUCCCCCCGCCCGGCUGCAGAGACUUUACAUGCUGAGUUAUGCCAGGAGGGACCCCACCAAGGCCUCUCCUUCCGUCAGUUCCAGGACUUCUCCCUCCACGACCCGCUCCACUGGAAACUCUUCAGCACCUACCUGCGUCCCUCCCAGCUGCUGAGCACCUCUUCCCCAGGCAGUCCCUGUGCCCUGGCUAACGGGACUGUGCAAGCACCCAAACAGAAGGGCGACUGAGGGCCUUGACCUCCCUGCUUGCAUCCAGACUCAGGGCGCCCUGGGCUCACCCUGGGCCUCCCUCAUACCCAUCUUCGCUCCUGCUUGAUUGUUUUCGUUAGAGGUGUUUGUUUUCUUUUCUAAGUUGAUUUUCAUUUUUUCUUUUUUCUUUUUUUUUGUAAAAAAAUAUUUUAUAUAUAAAUAUAUAUAUAUAUAUAUCUAUA